CAUUCGCAUUUUAAAGGGAUACAUAUUUCAUCGGCUUUUGUUUUAUAGUUAAAAUUUUUUUUCGUGUCAAAAUAUAUUUGUGCAAAUAUUAUAAUGGGAUAUGAUGAUCGUGACCGUGACCGCGACAGGCGCCGCCAUCGAUCCCGAUCUCGUGAUCGGCAUCGUGAUCGCUCUAGGGAUCGUCGCCAUCACCGGAACUCGCGCCGCAAGCCGUCAUUAUAUUGGGAUGUGCCGCCGCCUGGAUUUGAGCACAUAACACCAAUGCAGUACAAAGCGAUGCAAGCGUCUGGGCAAAUCCCGGCCAGCGUAGUGCCAGAUACGCCUCAAACAGCUGUGCCCGUGGUGGGGUCAACUAUAACGCGUCAGGCGCGUCGCUUGUAUGUGGGCAACAUUCCGUUCGGUGUCACUGAGGAGGAAAUGAUGGAGUUUUUCAAUCAACAAAUGCAUUUAGUUGGUUUAGCACAAGCCGCCGGUAGUCCAGUGCUGGCAUGUCAAAUUAAUUUGGACAAGAACUUUGCUUUCCUCGAGUUCAGAUCUAUAGAUGAGACCACUCAGGCCAUGGCGUUUGAUGGGAUCAAUUUAAAAGGACAAGACCUCAAAAUAAGGCGCCCACAUGAUUACCAGCCUAUGCCCGGCAUCACGGAUACGCCGGCAGUCAAGCCCGCUGUUGUGUCAAGUGGAGUUAUCUCAACAGUGGUGCCCGAUUCACCACACAAAAUAUUUAUAGGAGGUCUACCCAAUUAUUUAAACGACGAACAGGUGAAAGAAUUGUUGCUAUCAUUUGGUAAGCUAAGAGCGUUCAACCUUGUUAAGGACGCAGCAACCGGCUUGAGUAAAGGAUAUGCCUUUUGUGAAUACGUUGAUCUGAGCAUUACUGAUCAGUCAAUUGCUGGAUUGAAUGGCAUGCAGUUGGGAGACAAGAAACUGAUCGUUCAGCGUGCCAGUGUGGGUGCCAAAAAUGCUCAGAAUGCCGCUAAUACCAGCCAGUCGGUUAUGUUGCAAGUGCCGGGCUUAUCGACAGUGGUGACAUCUGGUCCGCCCACUGAGGUGCUUUGCUUAUUGAACAUGGUCACUCCCGAUGAGCUGCGCGAUGAGGAGGAAUAUGAGGAUAUAUUGGAGGAUAUUAAGGAGGAGUGCACGAAAUAUGGCGUCGUUCGCAGCGUUGAGAUACCGCGUCCGAUUGAGGGCGUGGAAGUUCCUGGUUGCGGCAAAGUGUUUGUCGAAUUUAACUCGGUUCUCGAUUGUCAAAAGGCUCAACAGGCAUUGACUGGCCGAAAGUUCAGCGAUCGCGUUGUUGUUACAUCAUACUUUGAUCCUGACAAAUAUCAUAGACGCGAAUUUUAGAUAAAGUUUCUACGUAUUUCACACAUUCACCAAUUUGUCCAAUAAAAAGAAAAAUCAAACAACAACAAAAAUCACAUAAUAAAAUA